GUAACGUAACAAAAUGUGGAAAAAGUGAAGGGGUCUGAAUACUUCCCGAAUGCACUGUAUUUGCACGGGUGUUGCUGGGCCAAAGAUGAAGUCGAGGGCCGACAAACCUUGCCAAUAUAUCCUCCAACCACCGGCUUCAAGGGUAUCAACACUUUUAUACAGUGGGUUACCAACAUAUUCAAAUGAUUAUUUACAUAUUUCCAAAAGUAUUAUUUUGAUUCAUUUAUUAAUUAUAUUUCAUCCUUCCACAAGAUAUAGUCCCGACACAAAUCUAGGGUUGCUACCCAAGCCGGCUGAUCGUUCGUCCUAUCGGUUCGGUUGCCAGAGACGCGACCCAGUCGUUUGUUCUAAAUGUUCCAUUGCCAUACUGGCUGGCAACGUUUUUCUGCCUUGCUUGCAAGCAUGCCAACUAUGGCUAACUUGUCACAUUAAAAAGUGCAGCCAGAAUAACAGCAAAGUGUCAAAGUUCACAUAUAUCUCCGUCUGUAUGUUUCAUUGCCGGGUGAGAAACUACUCCAGUGUGAGAAAGACCCCUAUAUGGCUGGACAGGGUUGUGGAGAAACUGCAGCAGAAUCUCUACCAAACAGUGCAAAACGUUGUGUCUGUGUUGCUUAUCUCUUCACCAACUGUGCCACAUUUAACAGGGUGAGACUGCACUACUGCAGUAUCCAAUGUGAAGACUCAGGGAUAACAUUUUGAUUAUACUAGUCAACUUGUGCUAAUGAAUGAAUAACACUUUAAUAAUGUGCCCUUGUUUAAUCUAUAACAAAUAUGAAUUAGGCCAAACAAGUUGUUUAUUGCAUUUCUAGCUUGUUUACUAUGUUUUCUAUACAAAUGUGUCUGUCUUUUUUUUCUGAGGGAUAAUGCAGAGUUCCAUGGAAUGGGCGAAAGAUUGAAGGAUCUAUUUGAGAGAGAGUUCAAGAGUACUCCAUUCAGCAUCCAACUUCAGGGGGCAGGCAGGCAGAGCCAUGCACGAGAUAGCGAAAUCCUAUUGGCGCAUAUUGCAUAUUUCCGUUAGGGAACGCCUACUACGUGAAGUGCGCGUGUGCAAUAACUCGAUUCGCCUUUGCGCUCCUAAACAACGGCAUUUUUAAAAACGUUUGCAAAGGCUAAAGUCUACACACUUUAGUCCACUCUGUUCAUAACAUAUUCUAGUUUUGGGAACAGACAACUUUGAGAUCAAAUGUUUCAUCGGUGAGAACAUUUGCAGAAUGUCGGCCAAAAUCCAUCUCGUUCCAUCUUCUCCCACUAUCCGCCAGUAGUCUUCCUCUCAGUACCAUAUUUGGAAGCGAGUGGAAACGUCAAGCGGAUGCUUCACAUUUAAACAUCCAGUGAAUCAUCUGUCUCAUUGUUCCAUCUUUGAUGUCACCUUCAUAAUUCUUUGUAUCCGCUUUGUACGUGCGGUUCUGUUGAGGAGAAUGUCAGACAGAGCAGCAGCGCCCUCUUCAGGGCAGUCUGGGCAGCGUCUGCGUUGCGUCUCUGCACUCGUGCAGGGCCUGCGCACGCAAGUACACGUCACCACAAUUGCCAGCAGCGAAUCCAUGCCCAGAGCUGCGAAGCAGCGUUGCGCAGACAUGCUUGGUAAAGUACGCAGCCAUUUCCCUUCAGCUUGUUGUAAAGUCACAGGUCCGAGAAUGCAAAUACUGCAAUAGUGGCUGAUGUUGGGGUUUGUAGGCGAAUUUCUUUAUCGAAAUGAAAGACUAAAACUUUUUCCUUCUCAUAAGCAUUGAGAGAAACAGCCACAUAGGCAGCCUAUUUAGACGUGGUCGAGCGAUUCCAUAACCAAGACAGUGCGCAUGGUAGACGCGGUAAUGUCGUUGAAUAUCACUGUUAAAAGUGAAGACUCCGAGUCCUUUGACGAUGAAGACGAAUCAUCUUCGCUGCUUUCGGGCAAAAGAGCGACGGAGUCUGCAGCUCGUCAUGAUAUUUCUCCGGGAGAAGGCGGUCCAAUAGAAGACCAUGCAGGGUAUUCAACACAGCAUGGGCGGCUAGCAACUAAAACGAACAGCAAACCCAUCGUACUGUAUCCUGUGAGUGCUGACCGUUUCUUUUCCUCUACUUCUGCAGAUGGCAAAACCAUCUUAAAGAUAGCUCCAGCCGCAGUCAUGACCCUCCCGACUCCUCGGCCUCCUCCCCAGGUUUCCCCAGAGUUCUCCUACCAGGCCAUCGUGUACUUGAUCGAAGCAGUGGGGCGCCGCUGGAGCCUGUACGGGACCCGGGAGCGUUCGCAGCUCUUCCAGAGCGUGCAGAAGGAGUUGGAGGAGCAAGGUCAUUGUCUUCCCGUUGAGAAGAUCCGCCGCAAGUGGAACAACUUGAUCGUCACCUACAAGAGGGUCAAAUACAGAGGCAGGGAGACCGGCCAGGCCAGAACCUCCUGGGAGUACUUUGAGAUGAUGGAUGCCAUGCUUGGUGACACCAUCGGCGCCGAGACCACUAGCAGCCCUACCCUAGUAACCAGCAUCCCUAAGGUGAACGUCGCCACGGAAACUGCCAAAACAGAGCAGAAGCCCCUCCUUCCCCAUGGCAACCUCAUCACUGCAUGCACUCGGACACUCACCCUUGUCCCCUCCUCCCUCCCACUCCACACGCCAGUUCCCUCCACCCUCCCUCUCUACACCUUUGUCAGAUCCCUCCCUCCCCCCGUCCGCUCCUCCCUCCCUCUUCCCACCCCCAUGGACACGCCCUCCCCCAGGAUAGCCAAUAACACAGACCCUCCACAGCCAAACCCCUCCCCUGCUCCGGUCGCACAGCCCCCUGCCUCCCGUCACAUCCCCUCCAACCUCAGCCGCAUAGACCUCCGCAGAAAGAAGCGCUGUCGCUUCUCCUCCAAGGGAUCCUCCAUUACCUCCCUUCUGGCCCAGCAGCAGAAGCGAGCAGAAGAAGGCACCUCCUUGCUGCAGGAGUUCCUGAGGAGGCAGGAGGGGCAGGCCAAGGAGGAGCAGGGGCGUCGCAGCAGGAUGGAGGCCCGGGGGAGGAGGCGCGAGAGGAGGGAGGCGCGCAUGGCAGAGUCCCUGGGUAGGAUGGCCACGGCUCUGGAGCUGCUUUCCUCCAAACAGGACACAGUCAUUGCCCUGCUGCAGAGACUGGCUGAGAGAGACAGGAAGUGACAGUCAUCGCCCCGGGUUGUCACUAACUUCUAUAGCCACAAAGCCAUAAUUAUGGCUAAACCCCGCCUAUUUUUACUAUUCAUCUUCUUAAAUUUAGAUUUUUAAACCUAACAUUAACCACACUACUAACCUUAUGCCUAAUCUUAAAAUAAGUACAAAAAGCUCAUGUUUGUUUUCAUGAAUUUUGAGUUUAUGGCUAUAUAAUCUAGUGGAAACGCUGCUGCAGAGACUAGCUGAAGUGACACUGUAAUCGCCCUACUGCAGAGCCUGGCUGAGAGACGGGGAGGCUGACUCAGCAUGCGACCGAAGGGUACUCUUUUUCCCUAUAUUGUGCACUCUCUAUGAGCUUAAAACCCAGUGAAAACCCACCUUGUGUCCCAGGUCUAAAUUGGUCCCUGAUUAGAGGGGAACUGGGUUCGAGGUUCAUAUUCGAAUUUGCAUAAUGUAAGGAAUAGGGUGCCAUUUCGGACGCUAGACUCAGAUAAUGUUAAUUGAUUGUGUUGUAGAAUUUACAAUGGAAUAACAAUUUUGAUUGAUUAAAUGGUUAAUUAAUGAUUGA